AUGGCUGCGGUCCAGCGCCAGUGUUCUGUAUCCACGCCAAAGGGCGCAGAAGGGGUUACUCUGUAUCAUGCACCGUAUGCGGGCGGGGCGGGGCGCCGGGUAAUUGCAGUUUCCGUCCCCAUUUCGCUUGCGGCCUCUUCCGUCCUAGCAAUGGAACUCCUAAAGAAACGCCUGUUCGCGUGGGAAGACGACCUCAAUGCUGCCUUCGGAGCCAUGGACGAGGACGAGGACCCAACCGGUUCAGGCGAUGCAACGACAGGAAGACAACAGGCAGCAGCAGCAGCUGGUACUACUACGGCUGCCAGCGUCUCCGCAAGUCAGCCAGUGGGUCCCCAGCAGGUAGCUCCCGCUUCUAGCAACGCGGUGGAUGCCGCAGCGGGUGCAGUGGCUGGUGGGGCUCCUAUACGACCGCAUCCAGGGCCUAGCACCGUGCCACCCGCUCAAGGCGUAGGAGGUGCCCCCAGUCAGCCAAACUCUGGAGGUCAGCGGCCGACCUUAUUCAACCUCCUUGAGGCAUUGGCGAGUGACAGUGUAACAACGCCGGACCAGCGAAACUCGAUCCGUGGCAUUGUUACAGAUUUCCUAAAUCACGAUCUCCCCCAUUCAAAAGUAUACAGUUUCAUUGGGGCUGUUGUUGGCCACGAUGUGCUCCAUACGAUUGUAAGAAAGCUGGAGAACGAACCGGGAAGACUUGGAGUGCCAGACGCGGGGGGUCUGGCGAGAAUAGAGAAAGCCUUUGGGCUCAGCAAGACGACAAACCAGCAACCAACUCACAGCCCUCAACCCUCAGGGAGUGCCAGCAGCACGACUCCCCAUGGUGUUGUAGCAGGAGGGGCUCGAUCGGCAGUAGGGGUUCCGCAGGACCAGCAGCAGGCGGCCGGUGGCGCUUUUGAUGGUGGGGCUGCAGGCCCAGGCCUCUCGAAUAGAGAUGCCAUUCUUAGGGUUAUCAGGCGCAACCUUGACUCAAGGCGGAUGCCUCCGCAAAGCACGAAGGAUGUGUUCGAGAAGGUUCGUUGGCUGCCAGUGCGGCGCCCCUUGACUCCCGUCCCCGUGUUCGGGCACACGCUGAUAUCCUUCAGCAACAAGGCUAUAUUCUUUGGGGGGACGAACGAAAGAGGCGAAGGCGUAAGCUUUCGCAGCGCCUGCGUUAUAAAUCUCAAUUUCUUCUCAUCCCGCAUAUUUGUUUUCUGCGGAGAAUAUCCAUCCGAAAGAGACGGUCAUAGCACAAACGGUCUUACCUUGCAGCACAGCCCGGGCGUGAUUCUUUUCGGAGGUCUGUCGGGCAAUCACUUUUGCAAUGAUGUCUACAUUCUGGAGCUGGACUUCAAGAGAUGGGUGCGGAAGCAUCCAGCGGGGCUGCCCCCUGCACCGCGCGAUCAGCAUGCGGCCUCAGUUUUCCCCGCCAAGACGGAGACUGGGAAUUGGCGGGAUAGCAGCUCAGACAACCUAUCGGAGUUUCUCUUUGUUUUCGGAGGGCGGACAGGUAACCCAAGCGUGUCAUUCCAUUGCUUGAACGACAUGUGGGCUCUGCACAUUACGAGCAACACAUGGACGGAAGUUCGUGUCGGGGAUACGAAACCGCCUCCUCGAUACGGGUUUUCCAUGAUAUGGUCGGAAGAUCUUCACCUGAGUUUGUUCGGAGGAGAGACGCACGGCGCCAAUGGGAGGGUUUCCUGCCGGGAGCGAGUGCUGCUUGAGGACUUCUGGCAUUUCAAGAUUAAGGAUAUAGUGAAUGAGGCACACUCUGGGCCAGUAGUCGUAGGAGAGUGGCAGCAAGAGAUCUACGAGGGGAAAAUAGGCCCACGCUCCCAUUAUGCAGCGAUCUUCAUCACCCAACGCUACCAGGAGCCCAGGGCGGAGCCACGGACAAUCGAACGGCUCAUGCUGAUAACUAGUGGCGUCACAACAGUUAUGGAGGGUGGCCGGGCCCGCGCCACGGAGACAGAUCAGAUCAGUGUCUAUUUCUUUUCUAAAAAGCAGUGGUACACUGUCAAGCCCCGAUAUCCUGCGGACUAUGUCGGAGAGCCUUUUGGUGCAAGACAGCGCCAUGUCGCCUGCUUUUUCGAGACGCACAAUCCUCUCGCCAGACCCACCCGCCCUCCCGUUCCGUGUUUGUUCAUCCACGGCGGGUUCCGGCGUCAUCAGGUGCUCGGAGACGCUUGGGUGUUGUCUCUUACGGGUGACGAUCCCUACAAGGGGCUAAUGGCGCAGGGAGGGCCAGGCGCAGUUUCUUGCCCAGUUGGGGGAGAGUCGCUCCAUUCGCAUCUCAUGGGGCACGGCAUAAACUCAAUGCGAAUGACACCUUCAUGGUAUCAACGGGACACCCACACGCCGGGCAUCCUUUGGGCACUCUGCAGCCAGCAAAGGUGGCUAAUGGGGGCUAUCGCACAGCUGAUAGACAACGCCAUGCACCCGUCUGUAGGCUGCCGCAACGUUUGGAUCAAGUUCGAAGAGACCCCCGACAAAGAUCCCAUGCUCUCUGUGCAAGACGACGGGCAGGGUCUUGACUACCCGGCAAUGAAUAAGCUUUUGCGCCUCUAUGGCAGCUUCGAGCCGGGAGAGCGUCGCCGGAAGGGAUACGAGUACGGCUGUGGCUUCAAGAUGGCCUACGGCCGUAUUGCCUCGAGCUGCGCCAUAAUGUCGAGGACACAAGGGACUAUUGGCAUAGGCAUGCUAUCUUUGGAACUGAUGGGUCACUGUGACGCCCGGGAAAUUGCAGCGCCUAUGUGCAUGUGGCGUUUGCCGAACAAGGAGCUAAUCAAUAGGGACCCCAACAACAUGGCAGAUCACCGGCACCACCAGCGCUUGCUGAUGACUUACACUCCUUUCACAACCCCAUCGCUUUUGGCAGAGCAGAUAAACGUGCUGGGUACAAUGCCGGGGUCUCGCAUGGUGUUUUGGGAUCUUCGAGACGACCUGGAUUCCUUGGUGGUGGAUUCGCGAGAUAACAUGAUGUACUUGUCGUCGGCUCCGGGUAUCCGUUUGCCAGGUCAGGGGAGAUUUGGAAGCUCUACCGCAUCAAGGAGCGGUGAGCCUGGGGGAUGUUCGUCAGAAGUCAAGAUGGCGGAUCAAACGAGUCCGGCUACUGGGGCAAGUACGACGGAAGCCAAACCCGCGGAGACCCAGGGGGUGCCAAAUGGAUUGGCGUCUGAAGGUUCGGGAAAUGGCAACGAUGAAAAGCCACAAUCAAUUCGUGACCCUUGCCGACCACCCGUUGAUGAAGCUGCUGCAGCGAAUGCCCAAGUGGGACCGGACAUGCUGGAUGUGGACGAAGAUGGGAAACCGCUGAACACUCCAGGGCAGGCUGGCUCUAGUCCAGCAGGAGAUGGAAAUUCAGGAGAGGGCGUGAAAUCGGAACAGCCAGCUGAAGGGGUGGCGGAGCGUGCUACCUCGGCAGAUGUCCAAGGAGAACAGGCCAAGGGCCAGAGGGCUCUACCUCCCCAUUUCCCUCUUUGGACAACUGCGAGGCAUUCACCGGACUACUGCUUGGCUACUUACUUAUUUUGGCUUAACUUACAUGCACCGGCCACCAUACACGUCCAAGGCAUACCUCUUUCACCCCAGCCGCUGAGCUAUGGUGGGCGGCAACGGGAGUCACGAGAAACGAAGGGUGCAUCUGAGGUUGCUGAGAGUAAUGCUGAAUCACACAUCAGUAAGGAGCAGCAAGAGGCGGCAGAGUUACAAGCAGAGGCAGCGAGUGGUCUAAUUGCGUCAAUAUCCCGCCCUCAGACAGCCUUGGCAGAGAAACGGUCUGCCGACGGGGACCUCAUGGCAGACGGCAGCCCCUUGUCGCCUUCGUUAUACCUCUUCUUAAAGCAGCGCCUUUAUGCCCCGGUAAUUUGCCAUCCUGCAAUGGGGGGACACUGCAGCCUGCGUUCUGACUGGAAGUACUCUACGCAUGCAUUUGCAGCUGACGAAUCGACUCUUUCCAGCUCGUAUUUUGGGUGUGCUCUUAUGGUGUGGUUGUGUGUGCCUGAACAGGUAGAACUUUCGUACCUUUUUACUCCGGCAGAUCACGAUGCUGGCUGCUUCGCGCUGAUGGGUUUUUUGAACGACCCAACGGGCGAGUCAUCUCAGCCCAGGGUUUGUGAGGCAGGGGUAUUGCUCUACUUCAAGCAGCGCCUCAUUCGCAAGCUGGAGUGCACUUUUCCAGACGCGCCGAAGUAUAUUGAGGCGUCGCGAUACCCGCCGAGUGAACGACUCUUCGGGCAAGAUGGGGAGCCCCCUCAAAUAUGCCGAUAUGCCUUUACCGCGGUGAUAAAUGUCCCGGAGUGGAUGUUGCCUUCUUUGAACAAGCAGGAAUUCCUUCACGAGAACAACAAGCCGUACCUCAAGUUUAAGGCGAGAUGCCUAAAACUGAUGCAGGAUUAUCUUUCUCGUUGCAGGAAUCCGCAGGCACUGAAUGCGUGGAUCGAACAGAGAACAAAACGACUAAGCGAGUACCAAGAUAUGCAGAGGCGGAACAGACCGAAACGCCGCCUCAAUGAAGACCUAACAGAUGAGGAGCAGCCUCGCCGUAGCCCAACUCCGCCGUUGACGCACUCUAGCUCAGGGGCUCCUAUUUGGACGGGACAGCGAGGCAGCAAUGCAGGAUCUGCGGAGGAUGCUCCAGCCGCAGCGAAACAAGUACAGGAGUCAGGUGGAACUGAAGAUGCGGCGACGUAUCCGAAUGACGGGGAUGUUGCAGCUGAAGACGCGAUGGGUGCAACAGCUCCUGUCAAGAAAGGUGAGCUGGGCGCCGAUGAUAUGGCUCAGGAUGGAACAGGAGCACCUGCAAGUGUACCCGUUGCCAGUUACACUGAGUCUGAAGAGAAGGAAACAAAGGAGGAAGGUGGCGGCGAUCUCUCUGAAGAAGCAACAGUUGGGAACAAGGCGGAGGAACCCUGGACCCAGGAAGUUGCUCCAGCAAGCGAUGCUCCAGCGACGGAAUGA